UGAAGUAAGCGGACAAUGAUACCAUUCGCCAAUUCCGUGGAGACUCUUACUCGCUAUAUAUAGAGCAGAUAAUCUCCCGUUGAAAUCAGUUCAAGUUCAGGUGUCAUCCUCAUCCAAUAGCUUCGGUUUCAUCCACUGGAUCCCACACUAAUUUUAAGAUGAAGAACCUUAUUUUUGCAUUGCUGUUCAUUGCAUCAGCAUUUGCCGACGUGAGUGAGCUGCUGCUUCAACCCGUGCCAUUGGUUCACCAUCUCCACGUUGAAGAAAAUCAACAGCCGGAGGCUCGUCCGUACGAUAUUCUUGCGGAGCAGGAACCGAGCACCGUGGAACACAUCGCCGAGGCCAUCCACGUGGAAGAACCCGCGGCCGUUGGAUUUGGACUGGCGAACGAGGGCGUUGAAAUUGUCGAAGCCAUUGAAGUGAUUCCGGAGGAUGACGCUAGCGUUGUCAAUCGUGUCCAGCUGACGGAAGAGCACCAGGACUACCAGGGACCGUACCACUACGAGAAACCAACGGUCCAGCUGGACUACGUGGUACCCAUUGUGGCAGAGGUGGUUCCGGAAGUAGAGACACCAAUCGUCAAGGAGCAGCUGAUUGGAAACAACUAUCUGCCACCGAGGCACACUCAAGAAAACUUGGUUAAGCGACAUGUCCAGUAUGUCGUUCGGCGUCGUGUCUGAAGAGGAAUUGAUGGAAAUGGCUAAAUGAUCGAAUUUCAAUGUACUGCGCGUGUGUACGAGAGAAUGAAUAAAAGUUCAAACAUUAAUGGAUUUUGAUUGUGGAUUGGACUUGGUUUGAUUGAAUUGACUUUGCAUUAGAAUUGUAGUAGGGGAACUGUUCCGA